AUGGCCCCAAUCAAGGCUUGUGUCGUCGGCCUCGGUCUGGGCGGCCUCGCCUUCCACGUUCCCUUCGUACUCGCCCUCCCCGAUCUAUUCACCCUUCAUGCCGUAAUGGAGCGCAAUCCCGCCGGCCCGGGAGGUAAGGUCCAGGAGCGUUUCGGAGAGAAAGCCAUGCAGGGGACUAUCAUCCACCGCACCUUCGAGGACGUCCUUGCGGAUGCCCAGGUUGAGCUUGUGAUCAUCACUACCCCGAGCGAGACGCACUACGAGCUUGCGAAACGUGCUCUGGAGGCGGGCAAGCACGUGCUCGUCGACAAGCCGCUCUCACCCACUAAGAAGGAGAUCCUGGAGCUUGGACGCAUCGCGACUAAUAAGAAUGUCGUACUGUAUUCGUUCCAGAAUCGCCGCUGGGACUCGGACUUCCUCGCUUUCCGCAAGCUUCUCAGCCUCCCGGCGGACGAUCCUAAGUCCCUCGGCACGCUGUACGAGUUUGAGUCUCGAUUCGACCGCUUCCGUCUCGAUCUGAAGGGGACCUGGAAGGACCUCCCGCUCCCGGGAAACGGCCUCGCAUUCGACCUCGCCUCGCACACGAUCGACCAAGUCAUCCAGCUCUUCGGCCGUCCGAAGAGCAUCACCGCCAUGAUCGAGAAUAUCCGCGGCAUCGGUAGUCCGGAGGUUGACGAUAGCUUCACCAUCUACCUGCACUACCCACCCCUCCCGGCCGCCUCCGGCAUCCAGCCGACGUCCCUCACCGCGAUCCUGCGCGGCCACAUCCUCUCCGUGCGCUCGCCGCAGGUGCGAUAUGUGGCCCGCGGCACCCACGGGACCUUCCAGAAGUUCGGCGUCGAUGUGCAGGAAGACCAGCUCCGCGCCGUCGCGGAUCCCGCGGGGAUCGCCGCGGAUACGGCGUUCGGCGUCGAGCCGGAGGCGAUCUGGGGCACCGUGCAGAACGUCGCGGGAGACGGCACGGUCGUCGAGAGCUCGUGGCCGUCGGCGGAACCCGGCAAGUACAUUGAGCUGUUCAAGAACCUCGCGGCGGUCAUCCGGGACGGCGCGGAGCCGGCUGUGCGGUGGACGGAGUCGGCGGAGGUCAUUGAGAUGAUCGAGUUGGCGCACCAGAGUGCACGCGAGAGGCGUACUGUGGAUGUGCCCCCCUCUCUGGCUUGA